AAGGCUGUUCCCGCGAUGAUAGCAUGUUGCUGGUGGGACUCGAAGCCGGUCCACUUCCUCGCAACAGGUGCCAGAGUGCAGCAACUAACUACAGGUUCUUCGAAAUAUCUGGGUGGACAUUCCGUGCCCGAAAUUGGUGAUGACAAUAUGAAUGAUGUCGAUGUCCACGAUCAACUGCGUCAACAGCGGUUUUCGGUCCAAGAGGCAUUUAAGUUCAAGAAGUGCUACAAAAAUCUGUUCCUCGGGCUUCUCGAUCUAGCGCUUGUGAACAGGGCUCGGAAAAUACCAUACUAUAUUGUAUUUCCUGGGCCAAGAUCACAAUAA